AUGGCAAGCAGAAGCCAAAAGUUUAAAGACUUUGUCUCUGAGCCCAUGGGAAAUAAGACUGUUACAGAAGUAGACGGCAUUGAUGAGAACCUUGGAUCUAAACUAGCUGCAGAAGGUUUUGACAAGGUAACCUCUUUCUUUCCUUCCCAACCACUGCCUGCUUUACCCACUGACCUCAUCAAGAACAUUACAUUCUUGUGGCAUCCUUUCUUCUCCCCUUUUGGCCAUAGAAGGGCUCCCACUGUGGAAUUCCCCCUGAAAUCUGGUGGCCAAUUGCUCCAGACUGCGUACAUCCUGCUAGGCCAUUUCCUCCUCCUGAAAAAGGAUGCUUUGAUUUUCCAGCAGUGGUUGAAAGGUACUUUCGGUGCCAGUUCAAGGCAGGCUCUGCAGUGUGCCACUUGCCUAACAGAAUGGUGUUACACCAUCCUGUAAAGUAUCAGCUCACCAGAUGGGCUCACCAUGGUCUUCUCUGGCCUUAAAUAAAGUCUCUCCUGAACUAACAGCAUGA